UUGGGAAAUACCGAAAUUAAGAUACAUUCUUGUACGGUUUAUUGUUAGUGCUUCAUAAUUUCAUAUAAAGUUUAAUAAAUAGGAAACGUUUCAGUUUAAAGUGCUUGCAGUCGUUUGCACAGGGUUCUUGAUCCAGGAAGUGAACAUGCAAAAUGGGAGAGCGAUUAGGUGAAAUGAUCCUGAUUGCAUUUAUUAUUGGAAUUCCAUUGGCGGCAGCGCAAGAUUUGAAUUUAGAAAGAUGCUCUUGGAUGACCGCGAUACCGAGAGAAUCCAUGCCCGACUUGCCCGAACAAAAUUUUGAUGGUUUGUCAUGGAGCGAGAGGCCUUUCCUGCCAGUGGGGUCCACUCGCGAGGACGUCUGCAUGGACCAGUACUUCAGCGCUGCGGCCACUCAGCUCGUCCUGAUGGACGAGGAGAUCCAGGAAGACGUUGCCAUUGCCAAACUCAACUAUAAAGGUACUGCAGAACCUAACAUCGAGCGGAUGCUGUCGGGUUCGUUCAGAAUGCUGGGCCCGGCGCUGCGGAACGAGAGUGACGAAUGGUUCCUGUACAUCACCGAAAGACAAGAUUACGAGACUCCUGGCAUGCAGCUGUACAUGCUGGACAUCAGCGUGCCCGGGGAGACCCUCGUGGGCAGAGUCACGCUGCAAAUAGUCAAUAUCGACGACAACGCGCCGGUCAUCCGCCUGCUGGACUCCUGCGUCGUGCCAGAAUUGGGAAGCCUUGGUCUAACGAACUGUGUAUACGAAGUGAGUGAUGCAGAUGGAAGGAUCAGCACCAGCAAUAUGACCUUCAGUAUCGAAAGCUAUCGCAACGAUGACGAGAUCUUCUUCAUCCAGGGCGACAAUAUCCCCAAUGAGUGGAUGAAGAUGACCAUGACCCUCGGGCUCAACAAAUCCUUGGAUUUCACAGUUAAUGUUUUACACAUCUUCAGAGUUACCGCAUUUGAUUCGCUGCCAAACAAUCACACGGUGAGCAUCAUGGUGCAAGUGGAGAACGUGGACCACCGGCCGCCGCGUUGGGUGGAGAUCUUUGCCGUGGAACAGUUCGACGAGAAGAUGGCCAAGAAUUUCACAGUGAGGGCAAUAGACGCAGACACCGGCAUCAACGGAGCCAUCCAUUAUAGACUAGAAGCUGCAGAAGAAGACAAAGAAUUCUUUUCAAUCGAGACAAUAUCUGGGGGCCAAGACGGCGCAAUAUUCCAAGUGGAACCAAUCGACAGAGAUAAGUUGGAACGGGAAAUAUUCCGCGUGACGCUCAUAGCCUACAAGGCCAACAAUGAGAGCAACAUCACACCCAUCGAUGUGGUCAUCAUCAUCAAUGAUAUUAACGACCAGGCGCCUCUGCCAAUCUACGAAGAGUACACCAUCAGUAUCCCUGAAGAAACUCCUCAAACAUUGAACUUCGAUACGGAAUUUGGAUUUCAUGACAGAGACACAGGUGAGAAUGCGCGGUACAGUGUACGUCUGGAAAGCGUGUACCCGGAGGGAGCGGCAGCCGCCUUCCUCAUCCAGCCGGAGGUCGGGUACCAGCGGCAGACCUUCUUUAUGACCACCACAAAUCACAGCAUGCUGGACUUUGAGGAUGAAAAUUUCCGAUACGGAGUUAAGCUACAGGUGAUCGCCACUGAUUUAGGAAAUGCGACAUUAACGGGAGUUGCCACGGUGUUCAUAAACCUGAUCAACUGGAACGAUGAGCUGCCGAUCUUUGAGAGCAGCAGCCGCAACGUCUCCUUCGAUGAGACUGUCGGGGAAGGCUUCCACGUCGCAACAGUCAGCGCCAAAGAUAGAGAUAUCGAUGAUAGUGUGGUACAUACAUUAAUGGGCAACGCGCAGCAAUUCCUGAGAAUAAACGAGACCACAGGAGACAUCUAUGUAGCCAUUGAUAGUGCCUUCGAUUACCACAGGCAAAACGAAGUGCUUGUCCAGGUUCGAGCUCAUGACACUCUCGGGAUACCCAGCAGCAUCAAUGGAACACCGAUAGUUAACACGGAUACCUCUCAACUUGUCAUACAACUUAAUGACAUCAACAACACGCCGCCAAGUCUCCGACUGCCCCGAGGUAGUCCACAGGUGGAAGAAAACGUACCGGAAGGAUACCUAGUGACGCGGGAGUCACUGGAGAUCACAGCGACGGAUCCCGACACUACAGCUGAUUUGAGAUUUGAAAUCGUUUGGAAUUCCUCUUACGCAACCAAACAGGGCAGGGAAACCGCCCCAUCGGAAUACGUGGGAUGCUUGGAAAUAGAGACUUCAUUUCCCGAUGGAGAUGACAACCGCGGUUCUGCAGUCGGUCGGCUAAUUGUAAAGGAGAUCCGACACAACGUAACCAUCGACUUCGAGGAGUUCGAAGUGCUGUACGUCACCAUCCGGGUGGUAGAUAAUAACACUGCCAUCGGAACGGAUUACGAUGAACUAACAUUCACAAUAACGAUCAUAGACAUGAACGACAACGCGCCAGAGUGGGUCGAAAACACCCUGAACCAAACGCUGAGGGUGCGCGAGAACUCCGCAACGGGCACCAUUAUCGGGUCGGUCCAAGCCACCGACAUCGACGGCCCUCUAUACAAUCAAGUCCGUUAUACCAUAGUGCCGAGGGAAGACACACUAGAAGAUUUAGUGAGGAUCGACUCUAAUACUGGUCAGAUCGAGGUGGCCUUGAAUGCGGCAAUCGAUGCUGAUAUACCGCCGCGUGACAACCUCUACUUUACAGUAAUAGCUAGCGACAAAUGUACAGAAGCCGACCCAGAGGACUGCCCUCCUGAUAAGAACUACUUUAACACUGAAGGCAAUAUCACAAUUCAAAUAAUAGACACGAACAAUAAGAUUCCAACAGUGCGGACGGACUUGUUCAAUGCGACAGUAUACUUGUACGAGAACGCGACUCAGGGUGACGAAGUGGUGAUUGUUGCGUCUGAGGACCUUGAUCGAGAUGAGAUCUACCAUACAGUCAGCUAUCAAAUCAACUAUGCAGUAAGCUCGCGCCUGCGUAACUUCUUCUCCGUGGAUUUGGACACGGGACGGAUCUUCGUCGACUACACCACGGACGAGGUUCUUGACAGGGACGGAGAGGAGCCCACGCAUAGGAUAUUCCUCAACCUCAUUGACAACUUCUACACUGAGGGAGAUGGCAACAGGAAUCAAAACACUACAGAGGUGCUCGUUGUGUUGCUCGAUGUCAACGACAAUGCUCCGGAGCUGCCGUCACGCGAUAGACUCUCCUGGUCUGUCUCCGAGAACUUAAGCAAAGGUAGCAGACUUUCUCCAUACAUCUUCGCCCCAGAUCGCGAUGAGAUUAACACGGACAACUCGCGCGUGGGCUACGAAGUGGCCAACCUCACUCUACUCACCGAGCGAGACAUUGUUCUUCCCGACCUCUUCACCGCAAUCGACGUUUACACCGACAACAUGUACAACGUCAGUGGAGAAUUGGAGACGCUCGUGGAUUUGAAAGGCUUCUGGGGAACCUAUGAUAUAGGCAUUCUCGCAUACGAUCAUGGUGAGCCACGUCAAGAGUCCAGUGAGAUUUAUCAGCUCGUCAUCCGGCCUUACAACUUCCACGCGCCCGUUUUUGUGUUUCCUCAAAGCGGUUCCGUCCUGCGAUUUGCAAGGGAGCGAGCAAUGGUCAACGCUCGCCUGGGGCUAGUCUCUGGCGAAUUUCUGGACUCUAUUCAAGCUACAGAUGAAGACGGUUUGGAAGCGGGAAAAGUCACCUUUGAUAUUUCUGGCGAUGAUGAGGCAUCCCAGUACUUUCAAGUAUUAGCGAACGGCGAAAAUGAAGGUAUCCUCAUGCUCCAACAAAUGUUCACUGAAGAGGUCAAAGAAUUUAAGGUGAGCAUCCGCGCUACGGACGGCGGCACGGAGCCCUACCCCCGGUUCACAGAGGUGACACUGCGGGCAGUGUUCGUACCCACACAAGGGGAACCCAUCUUCAGCAACAACAUUGCCGAUGUGGCCUUCGUAGAGCAGGAGGCUGGCUUGACAGAAAAACAUGAGUUGCCCCUCGCUGUGGAUCUCAAGAACUACCUUUGUGCUGACGAUUGUCACAGCAUUUACUACAGCAUUAUUGAUGGCAACGAAGAAGGUUACUUCGCACUAGAUGCAGUGACUAACGUCCUCACACUGGCCAGGGCACUGGACCGAAGUGAGAGUGAGAUACACACGAUGCGAGUUGUGGCCAGCAACUCCCGCGACGUGACCACCGCACUGCCCAGCUCUAUCUUGACCGUUACCAUCACCGUGCGAGAGGCUAACCCUCGUCCGAUUUUCACGAGAAGCUUGUACACAGCAGGGAUAUCUACACUCGACAGUGUCAAUAGAGAACUUCUCACUGUACAGGCGGUCCACUCCGAAGGCCUGCCGAUCAGCUACGCGAUCGACCAGUCGUCGAUGAUGACAGACGCCAGCCUGGCCAACGUGCGCGACUCCGCGUUCCUGCUGAACAACGUGAGCGGCGUGCUCACGCUCAACAUGCAACCCACAGCUAGCAUGCAUGGGAUGUUCGAGUUCAACGUCAUUGCUUCCGAUCCUGAUGAUGCAAACGACACCACAGCAGUGAAGAUCUACCUCAUAUCGUCCCAAAACAGAGUCUUCUUUAUGUUUGUGAACGCUUUGACUCAAGUGGAGUCACACGCAGACUUCAUCGCGCAGACCUUCAGCACGGGCUUCAACAUGACGUGCAACAUCGAUCAGGUGGUGCCAGCCACGGACACAUCCGGUGUGACUCUCGAUGACGUCAUCGAGGUGCGCGCGCACUUUAUACGCGACAACGUGCCCGUCUCCACAGAAGUCAUCGAGGAUCUCCGCAGUGACACGCAGACGCUGCGCGCGAUCCAGACGACGCUCAACACGGAGCUGCUGGUUCUGCGCGACUUCGUGACGGGCGCCAGCCCCGAGAUCAGCGCGGACACCAGCCGCGUGGUCGUGUACGUGCUGGCCGGCCUGUCCGCCGCGCUGGCGCUGCUGUGCCUCGUGCUGCUGGCGACCUUCAUCGUGCGGACUAGAGUGCUAAAUCGUCGCCUGGAAGCCCUGUCGAUCCCGAAGUACGGGUCGCAGGACUCCGGUUUGAACCGCAUGGGGCUGGCGGCGCCCGGCACCAACAAGCACACUGAAAAGGGUUCCAACCCCAUCUGGAACGAAGCCAUCAACGCGCCAGACUUUGACGCUAUCAGCGAAGCAUCAGAUGACUCUGAUCUGAUUGGCAUCGAGGACUUGCCGCAGUUCAGAAAGGAUUAUUUCCCUACAGCGGAUGGAGACUCUUUGACGGCAGUUGAGCCUGUCGCCACACACAGCAAUAACUUCGGCUUCAACACCACACCGUUCAGUCCGGAGUUUUUAAAAAAACAAUCUAAUUUAUAACCAAAUUUGUAUUAGCAAUGUACCUAUGCAUUUGUAAAUAUUAUCUUUUUUUAUUCCUUAGUGUAAGUAAC